AUGGCUUUCGACUUGGACAAGCAUCUGCGGCAGAGCAACGCCCGCUUCGUGUCCGCCAUCAACCGCAUCCUGGAGCGGUAUAAUCAUCCUUUUGAAGAUGAUUUACUUAUUUCCAUGGAAACUCUCACUUAUGAUACACCUGAUGGACCAAAGCAAUGGGGAGAAGUGUCAACCAAAAACCUUAAAAAAUGGAGGAAGAAAAUACUUAAGCAUGCUAUUGGAAGUCGAAAGAAUGCAGGUGAAGAAAGUGAUGCUGAUAUAGUUUCAGUUAGAAGAAAAUUUGAAGGCAUUCACUUCCAGAAUCUGAAUGUUGAUGAUGAAGAAAUGCAAGAGAAAGUAAAAGUUCAGGUGGAUGUGAUAGUACAAGAUGAUGCUAGAAGAAUUCCAAAGUGGAUUACGAUAGUACCUCAAAAAUCAUCGAAAGGUCUUCACUUAGCUUCACCAGUGCAAGAACUGAUUGGCAACCAAGCCACUGUUUGCAGAAAGAAAUCAGGGUUUGGAAAUGAGUAUUCUUCAUCUAGAUGUUUCCAGUUACAUUUGCCUGGUGUUCCUACUUCAGCAAAUACAAUAACUGUACCCAGGCGUCAACCUGUUCCAGAAGUGAAUGAAACUUGUUAUGAUAGUAUCUUGGAAGUAUACCAGUCUGCAGAUGAGGAAUGCUCCUGGAGUAAUGUAACACUUGGAGACUUGUAUCCAGGGAUGGUAGAGACACUAACAAGACUUAUGAGAAAGUGUUUUCAGAGAAAAGUAUCUGAAUAUGUAAUUGGACACUAUAGACACAAAAGAUGGCGUUCUAGAAAACUAAAGCUCAAUGUAACUGUAGAGAAAAUAAAAGGAUUCAAACCACUUAAAUUGAAGCGAGCCCUGCCCAGCUUAUGCACCAGUAGUAACGAAGAUGUCCAGAAUCUACGUUUUGGAAAUAAUGCAAUUAAAAACUGUGAUAACAAAUGUUCCUUCAAUAAUUUAAAUCGCCUGGUGCAUUAUUCUCACAAUGAUGCAAAUGAAAUGAUAACAGACUGCUCUGAUUCAAAUUUAGAACAUUAUCCAGCAUCUGGGAAAGGCCAAAAUGUCUCUGACCAGACUGUUCUUCCUAACGUUAUGGCUAGAAUGGGAGCGACAUUUCUAGUUGAAAAUCCAUUACGGACUACUGCUGCACUGAAGAAUUCAAAAUGCAAUGAAAGUGAAAAAUUGAUUUACAAAUGUUCUUCACAUUACCCUUCUAUAACAUCUGCUGUCAGCUCAGGGUCAGCAGCGCUUCAUCUGGUAAAAGAGAGCAAAACUCAAAAAAUUCACUUUCCUUUUGAUGAUACUUCAGGAUUGUGCUCAUCAAUUUGCAAUUUCAGUAGUGAUGGUAACACUUUUGCACCAGUUAAAAACAAUUCUCUUAAAAGAACAUUGAAUACCUUACUCAAAAAUCCUGAAAUAAAUAUUCCUGAGAGGGAAAUUUCUCUGCAGCGCAGCCACUCAUUUUCUUCUUUGCCUGUGAAUCUGAGUCCCUCAAAGACUCAGAAAUAUGAAGAUGCAUUUGAAGAACUCUACUGCAAACUGUCUUCCAAAGAAAUUCAAAAGCCUUUGGCAUUGACAAAACUGCCUUCAAGCUCACGGAAGCUUGAGGAGAAAGGAAGAUUAAUGAAGAAUAAAUUUAGUGAUUCUGUGACAUCCAAUAUGCAGUAUGACAGAGCCUUUGAGAAGGUUUAUCAGAAAUUGUGUGGUGAUAGUGUUCCAAAAAUCCCUGGGCUUCAGAGAGCUUCUAACUUCAUGAAAUAUGAAGUAAUACAGAUGUCUGAAACAGUAAAUGCUCUUGUUAACUCACCUAUUCGAACUUUAUCUGCAAUUCCCAGAGUUAAAAGACUAGCAAAUGUUCAGAAUGAUCUGCUUUCUUCACCUGUAAAGCGACUGAGAAAUAUACCUGAACAUUAUUUUCCUCCAACAGUAUAUCAGCAGAUUUCUUGCAGGAAAAAUGUUAAUCUUCAGACAGUUGGCACAACUUUUGCAAGCACAUGCAGUGACAAUAAUUCCAGCUUUAAUGACAGUCAUAACUGUCUGAGUCAGGACUCUGGAUUUCAUGCUUCUCCAGAUAACACCUUUCUUGUUGGUCCUCGUACUUCUCUGCAAGCAGAGUCUGGAAUUGCGGAUGCCCACUCUGACAAGCCUAGUACACUGCAGAAUUACACCUUUCGCAGAAGCGCACAGAAAUAUCACCACAAGGUAUCCAGAAAACUAAGCUACACUGAUGGGAAAGACAGAAAUCCUAGCAUUCCAUUGGAGGACUUCCUAAUCAAAACUCAUGAAGGAGCAUUCAUGGACUGCUACAGAGAAAACAUUGUUUUAUAA